AUCUACCGCCCUCCCGUUUGUUUUCCCCACCCCUUUCAGUUCCUCCUAUAAACUUUGUAGCGUGUCCUGAGAGCCUGUGUGUCUCCUGCUGCUUCACUCUUUACCUUUUAUCUGAAAGGACUGCUUCCUUCUUCGGCUGCCAUUUAACAGGCACUACAAGAACGCAACAGCACCACCAUCUCCAUCCGUCCAUUCCUCUCACUGCCACUAGUCUGCAGUCUUCAUCAGGAUGGAGAGGGUGCAGCACAUGACACGCUCAGCCAUACGGAGGGCGUCCAACAUCGAAGUGAACCCGCAGACCAAACGCAAUCUACAAGAUCUCAUCAUCAACUUCUCCCUCAUCCUCAUCUGCCUGCUGCUCAUCUACAUCAUCGUCUUGCUCAUGUGACACCAAAAGAUGACAACCGGCCAAUCGCAAGACGCGCUCUACAAGACCUUGGACAAUUUUGGGGAAUAGAAAAUGUCCUACUGAUGAUGCAACACAUGUUAAUUUCCUGAAAUGAUUCAAGGGCGGCACUGGUUUUUCUUCAUUCAUGUUUGUUGCAUUAUUCUUACAACAAAAAGCAUAUUUUUGACCUUUGGAUGAGUACAAAUCUCUUUCUUUUUUUUUUGUAUUGGUAUAUAUAAAACAUACAAAAUUGUAUGUUAGGUAAAUUCAGAUAUGUUUUCAUAUAUGAAUGUAGACCUCACAGAAGGAAGCAGUCAUCUGAACUGGAGCAGUUCACAAAAACACAAAGAACGAACAUCAAAAUGCCUGUAAAACGUGUAAGCCUCCCAACAGCAAACAGCAAUUCCUUUAAGUGCCAAGUCAUUUAUGUAAAUAUCCCCCCACCCUAAAAUUGCUGUGCUGAAAUGCAAAAUUUAUAAGUCACUCCCAGAAAUCAUGUAUCAUUCACAGAAGAACAGAGCAUGUUGGCACUGAGGUGAAUUACGCUUGUACGCUUAACAUAUUAAUGUCUGUUUACACUUCCUGUGAACAUGAUCUGAGAAAGAGAGAGAGAGAGCUAAAAUGGGUAAUUUAAGGAUGUUUUUAAAUGUGGACAACCAAUAAAGAGAAAGUUUGUUUUAAA